UCGGAACCUCCGGCCGUUCUGCCUUCCCGCCCCCCCGUUGCUAGGAGCUGAUUGGCUGGGUGCCUCCCCGAGGGGGCCGCGGGAAGCGGUUGCCAUAGCGACGGGAAGCGGCCUCGCGGGAGGACUAGGCCGCGCCGCCCGCGGGCGGGAGGAGGCAGUCCUUGUAGCCGUCGGUGCUGACAGGGCAGCAGAAGACCCACCAUCUCCCACAUCGAUGGCAUCUUCGCCCCCGAGAACCGUGGAUGGCCCCAAGCUCCAGACCAAGAUGAGCACGUGGACUCCGCUCAACAAUCAGCUCAUGAAUGACAAGAUAUUUGAAGAAAGAAGAGCCCUGCUUGGAAAAUGGUUUGACAAGUGGACAGACGGUCAGAGGCGGCGGAUCCUGGGGGACCUGUUGGCACGCUGCUCCCUGCCACAGCAGAAAUUCUGUGCCAAGCAGCUGCACGAUCGCAUUCCCACCGAGGCUCUGGAUUUCACCACGAGGCUUCCCCGAGUCCUUUCCUUAUACAUCUUCUCCUUCCUGGACCCGCGGAGCCUCUGCCGAUGCGCACAGGUGAGCUGGUACUGGAAGUACCUGUCGGAACUGGACCAGCUCUGGAUGCUGAAGUGCCUCCGUUUCGGCUGGUACAUCAACUUCUCUCCAACCCCCUUUGAGCAAGGAAUCUGGAAGAAACAUUACAUUGAGAUGGUGAAAGAGCUGCACGUCACGAGGCCAAAGACUCUUUCAAGGGAUGACUUUGUAGUUAUUGACGUGCAACCUGUAAGAAGCAGCGUCCCAGAGGCAAAACUUUCGGUGCCAGCAAGGAGGACGAGCAAGGAGAAAAAAGAGCUCCCGCCGUGGCGUUCGACAGACAGGCACCCUACAGACACCAUCCGAUUCAACUACCUCGACAACUACGACCCCAUCGAACAGGCUCGGCAGGCGAGAAAGAAAGGAGGAGGGGAGACCCCGGACCUCAGCCGGCAAGCAGCGGAGAGAAAAAAGAGAGCGAGUCGUGGAUCUAAUAAGCUCCAUAAAGCAAAAUCACUGCUAUCACUCUCUGCAGAUCUUCAAUCUGUUCCAAAAACAGCAGUUCGUCCCAGCUGGGCUGCUCACCGGUCAAACGGUUACCUGCCCUCCAUAGCAGCAGCAAAGAUGCUGCUCCAGAGUUCCCAGUGGAACGCCGGGAUCCGACCAGCACCUGUUCGAGCCCCAGUGCCGAAACCACAUGAAAGAGGAAAGAAGGACUUCACAAGGACGAACAGCAGGUCCCCAUCACCUCCACUGUUUGAGCCCCAGCCCUGGCACACUGCUCCAUCUAACCAAGGAUCUGACACAGACUAACAGAGGAUCUGGAGUAUCUUUCACCCUGUGGGAUGGAAACUGAAUUCAGCUCUUCAAAAAACCCUGAAGGGAGGAGAGAGGUAGUAACAGGAGCUAAUGAUCUAAACCAUAUUUUCAACAUC